AUGCUGAGAGGGCUGAAAGUAAUUGGGCGCCAAGUGCGCGUUUCCCGCGCCAACGCCAAAGGUAAGUGGCACUAUUUGCAGGUUUCUGACUCAGCAGCUUUCCAUACCACAGCACUCAAGCUGAAAGCUACCCCAUUUGGGAUGCCAGCCAUGUCCCCCACCAUGGAGGAAGGUGGCAUUGUUUCGUGGAAAGUGAAGGAGGGCGAUAAGUUCAGCUCGGGCGACGUGCUGCUGGAGGUUGAAACAGAUAAGGCCACCAUCGACGUGGAGGCCCAGGACGACGGUAUUGUUGCGAAACUGCUCAAGCACGACGGGGACAAAGAAAUCAAGGUGGGAACGCCAAUUGCGUUUCUGGCGGAUCCCGAGGACGACCUGGCCACGCUGAAGCUGCCGGAGAUCGAGGCCGAGUCCAAGCCAGAGCCAAAACAGACAGAAAAGCCUGCCCCUCCACCAGAACCAAAAGCGCAACCACAGUCUAAACCCGCACAAUCCACGUCUUCGGCCACGAAGACCGACCCGAACCAGGUCUUGUUCCCUUCAGUGGAGCUGCUUCUGCACCUCAAGGGCAUUUCCAAGGAAGAGGCCCUGGCCAAGAUCCCAGCAACCGGACCUAAAGGACGUAUCUUGAAAGGAGACGUGCUCGCGUACCUUGGAGAGAUAGACGCCUCGAGCAACUCAAAGAUCGCCUCGUACAUCGAGUCCAAGUCCCAUCUGGACCUGUCGAACAUCGAGCUGCGUGCUCCUAUUGCACAGGACAAAAAGCCCGUCAAGACUGAAAAGCCUAAGAAAGAGCCGGUUGUGGUCACCUACAAUUACAACGUCUUGGAAGACAUCACUGUGGGCGAUGUUCGGGAAAUGUUGCAAAAGGCCGAGCAGUAUGCGUACAGAAAGAGCGUUUCGCCGCCAUCCGAUUUGACAGACCCGUUAUUUGAGGACCUGGUUGCUCCUCCAAGAAACGCAGAGAGAUUCACUAUCUCCACCAGCGUUGACGAACUGCUGAAGCGCAACGACGCAGAGACAGACUUCGAAGACGUCGACGACCUCGAGGUUAAGCUCACUCUCACAGACGUGGUAGAUGCCAAAGACCGGGCAGAGCUGUUCAACGAGGAGCUCAACAGGCUACUUUUUUACGUGGAAGUACACUUGCCCCUGUUCAACAUCAUGUCCACCAACCAUAUAGACUUCCACUUGGUGCACGAGCUAGCAACACAAGUUCCGGCCGUGUUCCCGUCCUAUGGGAUCCACCCGUGGUACACCCAUCUGUUCUCGACCGACCGUGUCGUUGAUGAGUUUGGGAAACGACGCCAUUACCAAACAGUGCUCCAUCCCGCUCCGUCUGAAAUAUUACUAACCAACCUGCCAAUGCCCAUCUUUCUCAACGACCACAUCGCCACCAUCGAGAGGUACUUGCAAGAGGGAGGCGCUAUUGGUGAAAUCGGGCUCGACAAGUCGUUUCGUGUGCCGAACUCGGGGUUUUUCGGACCGUUCGAGAACCAGGGCCUUAGUUCGUCUCGGGUCACUAUUUCUCACCAAUUAACAAUUCUCAACAUGUUCCUGGAACUGGCCGAGAAACUACAGAGACCAAUCAGCGUGCACUGUGUCGGAUGCCAUGGUAAGCUGCUCGACCAGAUCAGACAAUCAAUAACUAGUCCAAACUUGAUCAGUCUCCACAGCUUUAGCGGAUCGCUUGACCAGAUCAAGCUCUGGAAAAAAUACUACCCUGAAAUUAGGUUCAGUAUCAGCAAAGUUCUAAACAUCGAAAAAUACAAACCAACGCUCGACAAGAGUCUCGCCGUUUUGAAUGAAUCAAAUCUCAUGCUCGAAACAGACCUGUCGCUGGACAGUCUGUUUUUAAAUAAUACAUCUUCUCAUUUGGAGUUGCUAGAGGAAACGUUCGAGCAGCUCCGAGAAGUUUCACCGACCUUGUCGCUGGAAACAAUGACAGCCACGUUCGAGAAAUGCCUGGGGCCUCAGUGA